AUGGAUCCAAUAAUUGGAACACGAUAUCUUUGUAAUGAAUGUGAUGAAAGUCUUGAAGUUGUUCUAUGUGAAGAAUGUUUUGUCGAAGAAUCUUUUGAGAAUGAUGUUGAAGUAAAAGAAAAUAUAGAUUUUGAUAUAAACCCUGAAGAAAAAUUUUUAGCAUAUUUUACUCAUAGUGGAUAUCAUAAUCAAAGAAUAUCACUUGAAAAUGCAUUAUUAUUAUCAAAAUUAUUAAAUCGAACAUUACUUUUACCACCUGUAUUAUUAGGACCACCAGUACCUUGGGCAAGAUUUGAUAAAUUAUAUGAAAGAUUAUUUUUAACUACAAAGAAUGGAUUAGAACAUUGUGUUGAUAUAUCAAGAGAUUAUCCAUUACCAAUUGAAUGUUUAAAUUAUUAUGCUUAUACAACAGUAUCAUGGGGUUUUUUAAUAAAUAUGAACCCUAUUAGGGAAUGGAAUAAAAUAAUUGAUAGAUGGGAUCAUUCUUUUGAAUGGCUUGAAAAUAAUCUUAAUAUUAAUAAAGAUAAUGAUAUACAUUUUAUUAAAGAUACUACAUUAUGGGAUUAUAGAAUUUAUGAUAAAAAUGAUAUGGAUAAUACAAUUUUAAAAUUUGAUAAAUAUAAAAGAAAAUUAAGGAUAAAUGAUUUAAAUAAAAUUGAAAAGAAAGUUUUACAUUUAGGAUCAUUAUUUGGAUCAUUUCGUGUAUUACCUGAAAAAGAUGAUAGUAAAGAAUAUUUAAAAUUUAUUAGAAAACAAAUUAUACCUCAUAAUCCUAUAUUAAAAGAAACUUCCAAUAAUAUAGUUGAAAAAUUAGGUGGUGAAAAAAAUUUUAUUGGAUUACAUAUAAGAGUAUCAGAUGGAUUUUUUAUGAAAACUGCUCGUAUAAAUAUUGAUAAUAUUUAUCAUGAAAUUAUUAAUAAUUUUACAAAUUUUACACCUGAAGAAAUUGAUAAAUUAGAAGGUGGUACUCAUGAUCAAGAUAUUUUGGAAGAUGAAAGUGUUGAUUUAGGUGAUGAUAAACCACUUAGUACUCAAGUUAAUAAAAAGAAACCUAUUCCGACAAAGAUUAUUAACAACAACAACAACAACAACAAUAAUAAUUUUACUAGUUAUAAUAAUAAUAAUAAUAAUAAUAAUAAUAAUAAUAAUAGUAAUAAUAAAAGGGUUUAUAUACCGGAUAUACCAGAAUUUUCAAACAAAAUUAAUGGAUUUUCUAAUAAGGUUAAUUGUAAAAAUCCACUUCAUUCAACAGAUCAAGGUGCCAAUACUGUUAUAUAUAUAGCUACUGAUGCGAAAGAUCCUAGAAAUAAUCCUUUAUUAUUUAAAUUUUUUAAUACUUUUCCUUGCGUAUUUGUAUUAGAUGAUUUUGAACAAGAAUUAAUUAAUUUAAAAUCUGUUAGAAAUAUUCAUGAUAAAACUCCUUUAGCAAGUUAUCUUAUUCCUAUGUUAGAUUCUAUUAUUUCUGCUAAAGGUUUCAAAUUUAUUGGUACUCCAAAAUCCACUUUUAGUACUUAUAUUGAUAAAACUUUACAUCCUAUUUAUACUGGAGAAGAUUUGAUUAUCAACAUUACUCCUUAA